AUGAAGCGUGCAUCACCAUCAUCUGGAGGCAAUCAACGGAAGAAAGACUCUCCGCAACAGGAAAAGGGAGGCAAAAGAAAGCGGCCCAUCAAGCGACCCCGCGCCAGCGCGGCACCGGCCCCGCUACGCUUCCCCUCGAUUGCGGGGGUGACCUUCGACAAGACGCAGCGGCGCUGGGGUCCGGCGAAGAGCAACCAUGACCUGCUCGAGCUGCCACCCGAGGUAUGGUCCCUCGUCUUUGCGCGCCUGCGGCACGACCCAGCCGCGCUCGUCAGGGCCAGCCACGUAUCGCGCGCCUGGCGCAGCCUCGCGCUGGGCGAGCUCCGGCGGUGGACAUUCGCCGCCGAUGGCGAAGGCCGCCCGGCAGGACUCGAGUCGCAGCUGCAGUUCCUCCGCGAGCUGUGUCCGCGGGUGGAGGCCAUUCACGUGCGGCACGACGGGUUCGACAUGGCCGACCUGCACCACUUGCUAAACGGCCUGCCGCGCGUGCACACACUCCACCUCGUCGUGUCGCCGCUCACGCUCGCCAAGCUCAUCAACGACGAUAGCGACGAUGGCAGUGAUGAUGAUGGUGAAGGUGAUGAUGAUGAGACGGAGGAGACGAUGGUGCCAGGGUCGAUCCGAUCGCUCGAGCUGACGUUCGUGAACCUGCUGCCGACGUCCAGGCUGGAGCGGCUGUGGCGGCGGCUGCCGAGGCGACUCGACGCGCUCAGGCUCAAUGGCCUGCGCUCGCCGCCGGACCGGCUGUUCGGACGACUGCGCGAGCUGACCAAGCUACACAUGAAGAGCUGCUUCGCGGUGGACGACGCCGUGAUGCCCCGGCUCCCGCGCUCGCUCACCAACCUCAGCGUGCAGGGCGCGCGAGUCACCGACCGCGGCGUCACCGCUCUCACCACGACGCUCCCCAACCUAAAGAAGCUCGACUUGAGCCGCUGCGUGAAUGUGACCCAGGAAUCGAUCGGUCAGCUGCCGCAGGGGCUCGAGACGCUCAAGCUGGCCUUCUGCCAGCACAUCAGGGACGACGCGCUGCGGAAGCUGCCGCCGGGCCUCCGGAAGCUCAACUGCUGGGGCUGCGGCAACAUCACCAACGCGGGCGUGCGGGCGCUUCCGGCCGGGCUCGAGGAGCUCACUCUGUCGUUCUGCAAAGUCGAUGACGAGGGCAUCGCGCAGCUGCCGCGCGGCCUCAAGCGAAUCGUCAUCCAGUACUGCUUCCGGGUUACACUCAAGGGGCUGGAGGAGAACCUGCCGGCCAGGGUGCGGAGCGUGCACAUGGGCUCGCGGGACUCGACCGGCGAUCUGUCGGCCUACCCACGCCUCUCGCGCCUGCUCACCGACCACCCGCUCCCCUUCCUCUCCUGA